GGAACCCCCCUCCCACAUAAUACCACCAGCAGCACCCUCCCGUCAUCUCCUGCCCCCGUAUUUGGAACUCAGAGCAGGCUCCCUCGCUUGCCAGAUGCAACCCAUGCCACUCUGUCACUGGCUUGGGGAGGCAGCAGAUGGGGUAGGGACCUAGGCAUGCCUCCUCCAUAAGCCAAAUUGUGCUGGGGGGGGAGGGGGGCCUUGAAGGCCUCUCCCUUCUUGGAUCCAGAAGAAUGUGGGUGAGCGGUCCCUAUUUCUGGUGCCACCCACAAGGAUGCCCCCAAAGUGCCAAUGCAGAUCCUGGUUCUGGGUGAAGCCAAAGCUGAGGCCUCUCCUCCUGCUGCCCUGGUCUGCCGCCGCACACCCCAAAUGCACCCACCUCAUUCCAAGGGGAAGGAAGGGCUGGCGCCUUUGGGUGUUGUGGGUCUGUGUAUGCACGUGUCCCCCUCCCCCUGCUCCCUUGCCUUAGCCGCCCUUUGUAGCCAGGGGCAAGUGGAGGGCCUGUCUGGAGGUCUUCUCCUUUGGUCACCCCAGAGAAGGAAACUGCCCCCAGGAAGGGCAGGUACUGAUCCCCUCAGAAUGGCCCCACUUUGUGGCCCUUGCUUGAGCCCCAGUGUGCUCUGAGGAGGCCCUGCUUCCCUGCUGAGGCUUCUGUCUGGAGCUGCCAAACCUUGUCGGCUCACAGCUGACGCUGGUGCGCUUGUCCUUUGCAGGUGCAAGGAUGGGCAUCUGGGGCAGCCCUGCAGGCCUAGCUGGGAGGGGAGAUAGGACAGAGUGUCCCCAUUGGCCUUGCUUUUCUGUUCUGGUCUUUUUGCAUGAGAGUGUUGCCCUUUUGCCCCCUGUAUUUGCCACUCUUUAUCUAGCUGGCCCACAGCUGCCGUGCUGUAGCCGGGUCCACAGGGGCUGGAUCCAGGGCAGGAAACAUGUGUCCCAGGGAGUGCCUGAGCUCCCCACCCCCCUUGUGCCAGGAGCCCCUUUGGGGUCUUCUUCCCUACCUCCUGGGUUCUGCCAUCACCCCUUUUGGAGGCUGGCAUGGGCUGCUGUGUCCACCAGGGGAGAGCCUCCCCAGCCCCACUGAGGGUCUCUCCAGGCCACCUCCUGGAAGGCCAGGCAGCGAUGGCGGUGGUGGCUGCUAUUCUUAGCAUUUGCUUCUGCUUGACUGGUCCUGCGAAUCAUCCCCUGUUUAUGCUGAAGGGGCUGGUUUUCAGUUGCUGCUUUUGCACGGAGGGAAGGAGGGAGGAGGCAGCACCAAAGAUCAAAGCUUGUCCCUUUCUGUUUUGUAAUCUGCCUGUUUGUUUUGUCAGCCUGAGCAGUGCAGGAAUGAAGGGUGCUGGAGACGUGCCCUGGUCUGCCUCCUCUGCACAACCAUGGCCUGGUAGGAGCCUUGCUUCCCUGCUGGGGCAGACGGCCCAAAAAGUGGUCCCUCUCCCUACGGAAACUUGGCAGGACUGUGACUUUGCCUCCUGGCGGUGCCUACGCAGACACUGGCUUCAUGGGAGCAUGCACGCUGGAAGGGAUGGUCCAACAUCUGCAUGGAGACGGCCAUGGACUAGCAGGGACCCCUUUAUUGCCUUCUUCUCCAGACCCUGCAGGCCAGCCCUACAAGUGACUGAAGCCCCCCUGCGAAAGACAGGCUCCUCUAUUGACCGGCCAAAAGAGAGUCCUCCAUCUGCUAGCGGUGACCAGCCCUGUGGGCACUGAGGAGGAAGGGGUGGCAGUGGCUGUGAGUCCGGCCAGGCCCUUUCCAACAAUGACCCCCCUCCCUGCCUCAUGCCCUCUGCCUCCUCAUGGUCAUUGCUGCCCUGGUGGCGCAGUGUUUAAAUGCCUGUACUGCAGCCACUCACUCACAAACCAUAAGGUUGCGAGUUCAAAACUAGCAAAAGAGCUGAAGCUCGCCUCAGGCUUGCAUCCUUCUGUAGGUCACUAAAAUGAGUAUCCAGAUUGUUGGGGGUAAUUAGCUUACAGUUAGGGGCAAUUAGCUUACAAUUUGUAAACUGCUUACGGAGUGCUUAAGUGCACUGAUAAGCGGUGUAGAAAUGCUUGCUAUUGCUGCCAGCUGGCCAAGAGAUGCUUUGUGCCCCGACUUUGGCGUGCCCCACUCCAGCCUCACAGUGGAAACACAAAGGAUCAUGGACUGUGGCAGGCCUUGACCCUUGACCUGGUGGGAUCAAGGUGCCAUGGUCAGCAAGGAGGAGGUGGGCCCCAACCUGGCCCCCCCGGCUGCAGCCCCCGAGGAGAAAGCUGUGACUGUGCGGUCAGUGCUGCGGCGACAUGGUGGGUUGGAUGUGGAAGGACGUCUGCAGCGCCGCCAGAGCCACCCUCACCAGGUGCGCUUCAAGGGCCUGGAGGAUUAUGGUGAGGAGACCCCUGUCCACAACACCGCAUGUGCCUCUGCAACCCCCAAGCUUUGGGGGGCUAACCCUGCCCGGCGGAGCUGGCCCCAGGCUGAACCACAUCUGCUUACCCCACAGCCCCCGCCCCACAAAGGCUGUGCCAGCACCGCCAUCCAGACCUCACCUGGCCUCCAGAGACCCUCCUGGGGCACCCCCCUCCGCAGCCUGAGUGUCUGUGGCUGCAUGCAUCAGGGGGGCUCUGGCCAGGUUCUGCCCCUGUGGGGCCCCACCGCCAGCCUUUCCACACACAACCAGCCCCCUGCCUCCUCCCUUCCCCAGCUGUGCCCCAAAACCCAUGCCACUCGGUGCCCAGUAAGGCCGCCACUUCUGCGGUGCCCCUGCACGCCGUACCUUGGCCAGGAGCCAUGCCUCCUCACCAGCCUUCCUUCCCAGCACAGGCCCUGUGCCCCCUCCCUCCGGUCCCCCUGCAACCCAAGUGCCCCCUGGCCAGGUCCCCCCACUAUGCAGACCAAUCAAUCUGCUCCCAAGCGGACCUCCCCUGGUGCCCCCCAGCAGGGCAGCCCUCCCCCUUACCCUUUUGCUCAGGGAGCCUUCCAGCGUGACUGCCUCCCCUCCCCUCCCUCUUUUGGGAACACCAGCCUCUGGGGGGCAGCCCCUCAACUGCCCCACUCAGUCCCCUCAACCUCUGCCACGUCAAGGAAACCACCAUCAUCAUCCCAGGAGUCCCUUGGCUCUGCUCAGCUGCCCCAGCAGGCCACUUGCCUUCCUCCUGAGGCAUGCCAGUCCUCCUGCCCAGGGCACAGGGGCCUCCGGCUGCCAAGGGCCCUAUGCCAUGAGCCCCUCGCCAGGGACUGCCUCUCCCCUGCACAAGCCAGGGCAGUGCAUCAUGUCCAGGGCCUGCUGCAGCUGGUGCCCAUGGGCAAAGGACCAGCGGAAGAGGAAGAGCACCCGCCAGCAGCAUCUCAGGACCCGGCCCGGUCAGUGGGUGAUGUCCAGUCCCAGCUGCAGUCCCUCGAGGGGGUGCUGGAGACGAGCCAGCAGACCAUCCGGCUGCUCCUGGGGGUCAUCCAGGACCUGGACAGGAAGGAGGCCCAACAGGAUGGGUGCUGCUCCUCUCGGAGGGGGCAGGACAGGCCAAGUGCCGGGACUGCGCUUGCGUCAUUUACAGCGUGGAGCAGGACUUCCGGCAGCAGGAGGGGCGCCUCCGGAGAGUGCUGACCGCACCGCGGGG